CAGCAUUGCCAGCUGAGAAAGUCAAACAUGUGUGAAGACAGUGAAAGAGCGGAUCCAUAAGAGCUUUAGCAAGAACCUAAACAAAAGAGAUUGCGAUGCUUAUGAGAAAGCUGAAGAAACUUGUUGAUUGUGUGUUAUGAGAGCCAACGAUAACUUUAAAAGAUAAUUGUAAAUAUUUUAAAGAAAGAUAAAAGGAUAAAGACUUUAAUUGUUAAGUUAGAGUAUUGUUUGAUUAAAAAGUGAAAAUUGUGAGCGGAGUGGAGCGAUUGUGUUCGGAAACACAAUUUAUGAAAUGUUAAAUCAUGUUUUCAAAUCCUUAUCUACUUUUAUGAUUACUAUCUUGAGGUCUGUAAUUGAGUCCAAUAGCAAUAGCCGAUUUGCUAAUUUACUAAAUUAAGGAUCUUGCUGGAACGGCCACAACAGCAUGAUUAUAAAUGAAAUCAAACCAGCGGACAUUAUCAGUUUGGCACUUUUUAUUACAUAAAUAUUUUUCCGUUUUUGAUACUCCUCACUAUGUUGUGGUUUCCAAGAGGUCCUUCAGGAACUCCACUCGACCAUUAAAAACUCUUUAUUACUCCAUUUUUAUAUAUACAUACAUACUCAAAAGUAAUAUCUCAACACCACGAGAACACAUUAAAAACUUAGAGACUUUUUCCACACUUGCAUUGGCGCUGUCGCGCUCUUUCGCUUGAGCUUUUAUAGACGGCAGCUUUCGGCGCUCCGCCUGGAAGCAUGCUUAUACUUUCCGGCAGUCGGUCAGUUGAACUUGACUAUUCGUGCAUUGUGGAGGGUCAGGUGCGCGCAACUGUGUCAUAAGGCGGAAAGCGAACGUGACGAUUGUAUGUGGUACUUCGGGAAGAAAGUAAAAGCAGAACAUACGAAAGUCGCAAAGGCGCAAAGUUGAACGUUGAAAAGGAGCGCAAUUUGCACAUACUACGGAGUAAUCAUUCCCACAUCUAAGCUUUGGGUGCAUAUUCUCCUUUGUUGAAUGGGCACGCACUUGCCAUUAGAUGGUUGGGUCGUCAAUCACAGGCGGAUGAAAGGCAACAACAACAACUACGGGUAUUUAGAGGAAAGCGUUUGAUAUAAAAUUUAAUGAUUUAGUAACGUGAAGUCGCUGCUUGAAUUGCAAAUCGAAAAGAGUGUUCACCUCUACUUUUGUUGAAAUUUUAAAGGCAUUCGGCGCUUUUCUUAGGAAGUUAUUGCCGGGUUCAAUUGCCGCUAAUUGAAUUACGCCUAGCGUUUUGACCACCAAAGAGAAUAUGUACUAGCGUCUGCUUCUAUGGCUUCAUUGGCACUUGGAUGGGCGUGUGUGUGGUAGAUAAUUUGCCGACUUAAGCCGUAGAGGCUAGCGAUAAAACGGUGAAGACUUGCUCACAUCGUCCGCGAGGGUCCGCAAGAUAGGUUGCUGUGAACACUUAUUGCGUUUUAUAAAAGUAGAGAACAUUAGUUUGUAGUUGGCUGGGAAACAAAAUGGAAUACAUAUUCGAGUGCUUUUUCGAGAAUACAUUCGAUAAAAUCACACGUAAUGGGCUGCAGGAUCGCUCCUCGCGUCGUGAUGUACUGGACCACUUGAACGCUGUGAUCGGCGGUUGCAGUGAUGGGCAAAAUAUGCACACGGAGGAGGUGGCGCGAUUCGCUGUGUUGGCUGCAGUGCGUUAUCAUCGCGAGAAGAAGAGCGGAAAUGGAGAUGUCUGUCUCAUGGGCAAAUUCCACAAUAUUCUGUACAUUGCGCUGCGGACUUGCUGGGAUUGGGGCGUACGUGAUUCCACUGUUGUGGUCCUGUUGUUGGAGGAGAUCUAUUCAUGCGAGAAAACAUUUGAACGGAUAUUUUUGGGCGCCUUAUUCGGGCCCCAUGCGCCGCACUUCAUAGCCGGUUGGCGCAGCGACUUUCGCGACCAGGAUGAGAACACGCGAGCCAUGGUCUACUUUCUUCAUCAUGCCACAUCACUUAGCAUGCAACUGCCAGUUUGGAUUGCGCGCUUCGAGCAGGAACGUAUGGUGAGAUUCAUUGAUAUUCCGAUCGAGUCGUGCGGCCGUUCAUCACCGCUUCGUGUUGCCUUACAGGCGAGUGCGCCUGACCUGCUGCUGAUAUUAUUAAGAUAUGGCGCCCAUCCGACCCCUCCAGAUGGCGGUGCCUCAGUUGUGCACGCUCUACUGGAGAAACUCACUGAGAACGGGCGCAAUUACGUUCUACAAAAUGUGUCGUGUUUGCAAAUUCUGCUCCGCACUAUACCAAUGAUCGAGAUGCCAUAUAAGCCAAUUAUCUACAGCGCUCGCCGCGAACUGUUUUUCGAAAAAUACGGCCGCCUUCUAAUUGAUCGCAUCAUCACCAAGGAGCAGGUGUACGGCGUCGUCUCCCUGCGGCAUUUAUGUCGAUGCCGCAUACGUGACUUGCUGCGCCGCAACUGCCAACUGCCCGACGGCAUAGAUACGCUGCGGCUGCCCCGACGCUUGCAUCGCUACAUCGACUUGAUGGAGGAGCUCGAGGGGCCACAAAAAGAGGACGAUGACGAAAACAAUGCGGCGCUGGAGAAAUUACAAGCCACCGGCGGUGCCGUUAGUGGUGCGAAGAAACGGGUGCAUUUUGCCGAGUCCAAGGAGGAGGAGCAGUCCUCGGUGGAUGUGGAAGUGGCUGUGGAGGUCGUGGAGAGUCUAUUGCUGGAGGAAAGGCUGCCGAUGGAACAGCAGGCCACCAUGACGGGCGAAUUACCGACGGUAGUGGAGGAAGACACGGCAGAGCUGGCAGAGGAGCAAUUAGAGAUGGAAUGCCAGAAUGAUUUCGCUGUUGUGGUGGAGAAACCGUUAGCGGUCGAAAUUAUCAGCCCCAUGCAGAUGCUGUUGACUGCCGAAAAUAGCAGCGGGAACAGCAGUAGCAGCGACAGCGACAUAAGCAACAACGAAAAGGCAGAGCAAGACAGUUGCAUUGGUAGUAACAAGAACAACGAAAGCAACACUCUCGGCAAGGUCAGAGAAUGCAUCGAGCGCCAAUUGAGCUAGCCAACCCUGACAUAACAAUAUUAAAUAUACGAGUAAGUAAGUACGUGUUACGAGUUUAAGUGAGUUAUAUGAACUGCCCGAGUUGUGCGGACAUCAAGAGUAACGCUGUUGGCAUACAAACAACAACAUUUGAAGACGAAACUGUCGCUUUUUACUAACUCAACUUUUUGGAAUUACGUUGUCGCAUUUUUGGCUGCCUUUUGACUUUACUGGCACAGCAGCAGAGUUGCAUUUAUGUGGAGAGCGUGUAGUUGGCGAAAUCGUGGACAAAUAUUUUUUAAUGCAAAAACUUUAUUUUUUCGCAGAAUUCACGUUUUUUCAGUGGCAAGUUGGCUUAACUUACUUUGCCAACAAGUGAUUCGUGAGUGAAUUGCCGGAUAUACUAUACAUUUUCAUUUUGCUGCGACACGCUUCAAACUGUUAUUACAUUACUAUUACUUUUUCGAAUGCAGUUGGGUGAGUGUGUUCGCCAAACAAUCGCAUUUUUGUAAAAUAUACAACAAAAAAUCCGUGUCUUUCACUCACCGAUAAGUUUCCUCGCUGACGUUGAUACGUCCCGGCACACCCGUGGUCUCUGUGCGGCUGGUCAGGUUCACCGUGUUG